AUGCCAGCACAACCACGCGGUACGCGCCAAUCUGCCCGGGAUCGUGUUGAAUCUGUACUUUCAGAGCUAGAAGAACGUCGCAUUGACCGAGAGGAAGACCUCAGUCAUUUCCCCAACGCACCACUGCAUGAAGUCGACACCGAUGAAACCGACACGCCUCUAAUGGACCCGUUUCGUGAGAUUGGUGGUUCUGGCGCGAUCCACGCUAUGACUAACUUUUCGCUACGAGAGUUCAACGCACUGUGGCUCACUGUUCGUGACCAUGUACGAAUGAAUUACAACGUUGGUCGAGGCAAGCACUCCGAAAUUAAGCCAAAGGACGCCUUCUUCAGGACGCUCGUGAUGCUCAAAGAGGGGAGAACAUGGGACUCCAACGCCAAUCGCUUUCGAUUGACUACCACUACCUUCAUGGACGUAGUUACGAAGUUCAUCAAAAUUCUAGCUCCUAAGAUUUACGUCGACCAAGUUCAGGAUCGUUGCGACGAGGCAACAAUGCGCAACGCACGAACAGGGGGUAACACAUUUGAGCAUUUUCCGAGUGCCAUAGCUGGCGACCAGGCGGCAGCACUGCAGCGGGAAGCAUCUUCUGUAUGGGCUAAAGGUGGAGGUAUCGGUCGUGGCUUCGCAAUUAAUUGCGGCGAGCAUGUGCCUGCGGCAACACACGACAUCACGAUCUUCAAGAGCAACACGGCAUUCCAUCACAGCAAAAUGAGAAAGUUGCAGGCAAUGAGAGUCUUCCAGACGACGGUCCCCUUCUAG